UCUCCCCAGCUCGACGCGGCUCUACCGCGCCCCGCGCCGAGCGCCACUUGAGGCGGAGCCUCCCUCGCAGCGGCGCGCGCACCCCAGGGCCUUGCGUCGCAGGACUCGGCCCGGGCGCGCUGGGUCAGUGUCCGUGCGCGCCACUUCCGACUCAGGCCUCGGUUCAGGUUCCGGGGCGCCGCGGAGCUCUCGGCCCGUGCACGGCGCGCGGCCCUCUGGGGAAUCUGGCGCCACGCGCCGUGCGGCCGCAAGGAUGGAAGAGGCCGCGGCGGCGGUGGCCACGGCCGGGGAGGCCGAACUGAACUGGUCCCGCCUCAGCUUGUCCCCCGAGACGCUGGAGUCUGAGCUGGAGGCGCGAGGCGAGGAGCGGCGCGGCUCCCGGGAGGUGCUGCUGCGUUUGCUGCUACCUCACAACCGUCUGGUGUCACUGCCACGGGCGCUGGGCAGUGGCUUCCAGCACCUCCAGGUGCUGGACGUGAGCGGCAACGCGUUGACCACUCUCGGGCCAGAGCUGCUCGCGCUGCACGGCCUGCGCACGCUGCUGGCCAAGAACAACCGGCUCGGCGGGCCCAGCGCGCUGCCCAAGGGCCUGGCCCAGUCGCCGCUCUGCCGCAGCCUCCAGGUGCUCAACCUCAGCGGCAACUGUUUUCAGGAAAUGCCCGCCUCGCUGCUGGAGCUGCGCGCCCUGCAGACCCUGAGCAUGGGCGGCAACCAGCUGCAGAGCAUCCCCGCUGAGAUCGAGAACUUGCGGAGUUUAGAAAGUUUAUAUCUUGGGGGAAACUUCAUCAAAGAAAUCCCACCAGAAUUAGCAAAUCUGCCUUCUCUGACUUACUUGGUAUUAUGUGACAACAAAAUCCAAAGUGUGCCUCCUCAGCUUUCACAGUUGCAUUCACUUCGUUCCCUCAGUCUUCACAAUAACUUGCUGACAUAUCUCCCUCGAGAGAUCCUCAGCCUUAUUCAUCUGGAAGAGUUGAGUUUACGAGGAAAUCCAUUGGUUGUUCGUUUCGUUAGAGAUUUAACCUAUGACCCUCCAACUCUCUUGGAAUUAGCUGCACGGACCAUUAAGAUACGAAAUGUCUCCUACACUCCCUAUGAUCUUCCUGGGAAUCUUCUUAGAUACUUGGGUUUAGCCAGCAAUUGCCCAAACCCAAAAUGUGGAGGAGUCUACUUUGACUGCUGUGUCAGACAAAUUAAAUUUGUGGACUUCUGUGGGAAAUACCGCCUCCCACUGAUGCACUACUUGUGUUCUCCAGAAUGCUCUUCCCCUUGCAGUUCUGCCUCUCACAGCUCCACAUCCCAGAGCGAAUCUGACUCAGAAGACGAGGCUAGUGUUGCCGCACACAGAAUGCAGAAAGUUCUUCUUGGUUGAACAAGGGUGAUGUGAAAUACUAAAAUACUGCGCAAAAGUGGUUAAAAAAGAAAAUAGAGCUUGAAGUUUACUGGAAACCUUAUCUUCAUUCUGAGUGUCUAUGAAAGACUCAAGGAUGAUGUAAAAGAUUUUGUUUUAUCUACCCAUUCAGCAGGAAUGAGUCCAGUUCCAUGUUUGGAUUCUUUGAAUGUAAUUUACUCUGAAUGGCAGUUCCAAAUUGAGCUGAUUGUUUGCAAUUUUCACUCUAGUUUUGCAUGAAUCACACAGUAGAAUGGUACAUUCUGAAGAGCAGUGCUAUGAAAAGCCAUAACUAUGAGUAGUGUAACUUGUAGCAGUUGAGAUGAAGAAUGCAGGAAGUUAUCAAAGCUGUAGCUAUUACCAGAGUUGUCCUGGGGUUCAGGUUGACCAUUAUCAGGAUUAGCCCUCCCUUCUUAUAUUGCCCAUGUGUUUAGAUUACACAGCUAUUCAGAUAAGCUCACACAUGGUUGCGUAGGACCUAAACUUUUCUGACCAACUAGCUGGUAAAGUAAGGGAUAUAACUUUUAAGUGGGAUAUUAAGACUCUUCAGUUCUUAUCCUUUGUUCUAUAUGAUCGUUAUUAACAUGUAAUCCAACAAUGACUGUUAUAGUGCCUUAAUCCUAGCAAGGAUAUAGAAAUUUAUUCAAGAAAUUAUGUCAGAGUAACCUAAAACAUGACCUACUAUACAGAACACUUUAAAAUAUGCUUUCACAGAACUAGGUCAACAACUAUAUAUCCAAUAUCUGAUCUCAUGGCCAUUUUAACUUCAUUUUUUUAUUCGAAUGUAUAGUAACCCC